AUGCAUCGCAUCCGGGUCCCGUACGUGCACCCAAUCGUGUGCUGCACGUUCAAGCGGGCACUACGGUUGUUGCCGUCGAUUCUGCUGAUUGCGUUCGUUCUUUCGUUGAUAUUCAUCACGCUCAUCCAGGUUGCCGUUAUCCACUCGCAGCGGCGUGCCAUCUACCUCCAGAGACGGGUGAACGGCGUGGUGUCGACGGCUUCGUCGUCGCCGUUAUACGCUCAACCUUCGGCUUCGAGCUAUCUUUCCUCCUACAAUCAGCAACAGCAGAGCAACAACAAUAACAACAACAACAAAAAGACACAAGCUGGUCAAACGUCGCCAACAGGGCCUUCGAGCGGAGGAUCUACAUCGAAACCUGGUGAACCGGCUUUGAGAGUCGAAGCUAUUCUCGAUAGGAAUGCGCCUUCGGUUGAGAAUUUCGCAGUGUUGGUCUACAACAAUGCCAACGCUGCACGAAUCAGACGGAUAUUCGACGCGGUCAAGUGUCAUGUGUCGAACUCCUCCUCCUCAUCACCACCGCCCUCGUCUUCGACAAAUAGUGCUACAGUUCCGCCAGCCGUGAUUGAUGAGUCGUUGUCAUGCGGCUCAACAACCAAUGUGACUUUGUGUGCUCAAGUGCCUACCGGCCUACGUGGCCGUCUAAAAGUGGAUUUCUCGGACCGAACAAACGACAGCCAAUGGGAGGGAGCUUCAGCGUUGAGUCAGAUCCAACCCGGCGGAUGGUGGUCGCCCUCAUCUUGCACCUCACGUCAUCGGGUUGCCAUUGUUAUUCCGUUUCGAGACCGAGCGGAACAUCUAAGUCUUCUUCUGCAACAUCUCCAUCCGAUUCUCCAAAGACAGCUGCUGGAUUACAAAGUAUUCGUCGUUGAACAGUUCGGCAACGACACAUUCAACAAAGGUGUGCUCUUGAACGCUGGUGCUAGAGAAGCUCUUCAGGAUUCCAAGGACUAUGAAUGUCUGGUCUUCCAUGACGUCGACCUAAUACCUGAAGACGACCGUAAUCUUUACUCGUGUCCAACGUUACCUAGACACAUGUCCGUCGCAGUGGACAAAUUCAACUACACGUUACCUUAUGUACAGUUAGUAGGCGGAGUUUUCUCUGUGUCGGUGCGGGAUUUCGUCCAGCUCAACGGCUACUCGAAUUUGUACUGGGGCUGGGGUGGCGAGGACGACGACAUGGCGCAUAGAAUAAAACAUAAGAAAUUGAAGAUUGUCCGACCUCCGGCUUCCGUCGGGAGAUACACCAUGAUUCGGCAUGCCCACCGGCCGGAGUCUCCGAAUAAUAUCAGGAUGACUUUCAUUCGGAUGGCAUCGUACAGAAUGAAUCGCGAUGGCCUCACGACGGCUAAGUAUACGGUUGUCGGGCGUUACGCGUUGCCCUUCUACACCAAGGUCGUUGUGGACAUCGGACAUAACCACAAAUGGCACUUUGCCAAUCCACAAAAACUCAUCGUCAGCUUGUAG